AUUUUAUUUUCUAUAUAAAAUGGAUUAUCUUAUUUUAAUUAAUUUAAAAAAAUUUUUUUUUGAAAGCAGCAUUGCCCGAAAGAAAGGAUCACAUUAGAGUUAUGCUUUGGUACCUCGUCCUCACUGCCUUUCUAUGCGCUAGGAUUCUCUUAACGGCUUCUCAAAAGGUUGCUGGCUCAACUAACGAUACUCUCCGCGACAUGGAGCUUUUUCUUUUGUCCCAAAAGAUGGACAUUCCCGAUAACGCCACCUCGGCCUUCGGCGAAUCGCCGCCGUGCAUCGUGAUGUUGGACAAAUCUCAACGCUCUAUCGAUUCAUCAGACAAUAACUCGACCUGUAAUCCUGAAACGUUCGUUGGAAUAAUGACGUCCCUCAUGAAUCUCUAUUGUAUUAUCCCUGAUUUUUGUCGACCCGAACCUUUCAAUCAUCAGCUGUCACCUAUCACUUACCCUCAACCCAUCAGAAUCCAAGACGUCUUAUGGAAAUGGUUCCCUGUAGGUGUCAAUAAAAUUUACUUGAAAUUUGUGAUAAGACUCAAUGGCAAUCAAUCCAGUGAUUCUGCCAAUUCCGACUCCUAUAUUCCUACCAGGGCUAUUCAAACUUGUAUAUCACGUUCUCAGGAUAUCAUUGAAGCUAAAUUGCGGUGCAAGAUAGUGAAUCCAAUCAAAACAUACUACACUUACGCUUUUUGGCUCGUUCCUUUGGUGGCCGGAUUUUUGUUCUUCUCUAUUCUGGGAGCCGUAGUGCUGGUGUACCAUGUGUGGAAUCCCAAAUUCGAGGAAAAAAUGACGAGUAGAUUGAUUCAAAAAGAUGAAGAGAUUUCGGAAUUGAUUGACAACAAAAGCGUUAUAUGAAGAAUUCGGCCAUGGAUAAAAUAAUCUUCUUUACAAUUCACUCAAAAAUCAUGAAACGAAACAAUCAUUAAUAAAAUGAUCUAUAUAAAUAAAUAUCUCAUUAUACAAUAUGUAAUUUGUAAAUUAAUUUUUAUUUUCGCAUAUAUAGGGAAAAGUUAGUCAAUUGACUGAAAGUCCAUUUAACCUUACAAAUACUUAACUCUGUGCUAAAUAUGUAAAAU